AACAACAAACAAACAAGAGAGAGAAAAAUCUAGAGAGAGAGAGAGAGAACAUGGCUGCUAAUGCUGCUAACAGUGGGCUGCGUUUACAUGCUGGUAGUAUGGAUGAUGAAGAAAGCCAAAUUAGUGGAAGAAGCAAGAUUCAACCUGCCUCCACUCCAGGGCAAGAAAAUUGGGUAGUUGAUCCUGAUCAAAAGAAACAACAACUUCCUCCUACAAUAAGUGAUAUCCUGGGCUUGGACGAUCUCUUUUCUUUAGAGGUAUGGCGAGCGUCGGUAGGAGAACUUCUCGGAACCGCAGUGCUAGUGUUCAUGCUGGACACAAUCGUAAUUUCGACGAUCGAGUCCGACAUAAAAAUGCCGAACCUGGUACUCUCGGCCCUCGCCGCCAUCAUUAUCACCAUCCUCCUCCUCGCGGUCCACCCGGUCUCCGGCGGCCACAUCAACCCCAUAAUCUCGUUCUCCGCCGCCCUAGUCGGCAUAAUCUCGCUCUCGAAAGCCCUAAUCUACAUAGUUGCCCAAUGCAUAGGUGCAACCCUAGGUGCACUAGCCCUCAAGGCGGUGGUGAGUAGUACCAUCGAACAAAGUUUCUCCCUCGGGGGUUGUACCCUGACGGUCGUCACGGCGGGCCCAAAUGGGCCCGUCGAGAUCGGCAUCGGGACCGCCCAGGCGUUCUGGCUCGAGAUAUUUUGUAGUUUCAUAUUCCUCUUCGCCUCGAUUUGGAUGGCGUAUGACCAUAGACAGGCGAAGGAAUUAGGGCAUGUGCUUGUUUUUAGUAUCGUCGGGGUCGUUUUGGGCUUGCUUGUGUUCGUCUCGACUACGGUGACGACCCAGAAGGGUUACGCUGGGGCCGGGAUGAACCCGGCCCGGUGCUUGGGGGCCGCGAUUGUGAGGGGGGGCCAUCUUUGGGAAGGGCAUUGGGUGUUUUGGGCCGGGCCCGGUAUUGCAUGCGUUGCGUUUUACUUGUACACGAAGAUUAUUCCCAGGAAUCAUCAUCGAUCGAAGGCUUACGACCAUGAUUUCUACAAUAUUGUUAAGGUCGUGUUCCGAAAUCGCGGUGAAAGAAAAGAUUAAGAAACAGUGGUGGACCCAGCAUAGAGCCGAUCGGGGAGUUUUAAGUCGAGCAAAGCUUGGAUAUCUAACCCGAGUUAAAAUAAAACAAAGAAGUAUAAGUAGCUUAUAUAUAUAUUGUGAAAAAAAUAAAAUAUAUUUUCUUUGCUAUAGUAUAAGAGGGUCUUUGUUUCCUAUAUUGUCUUGUAUGUUUCAUCAUAAAUGAGUGUCAAAUAUGUAGGGCUGUUUUUUGAAUGAAUUAUUAUGCAAAUUUUAACAUUAUCU